AUAGUAUCUAAAUGGAGGGACCAUUCACCUAUGUUUGAAUGGAAUAAAUUUUUAACGGCCACAUCCGGGGGAGAGAUAGAUAAAAACGAUGUGUAGCUUAGAGAAAAGAGGCAAUUUAUACAUACUCACACUCACCGGCGAUGAUCAGCACCGCCUCAAUCCCACACUUCUGGACGCAAUCUCAGCCGCGCUGCACCACGUUCGCUCCGAAACAAUCGCCUCGGCAUCGUCGUCUGCUUUAAUCACUACUUCUCACGGCAAAUUCUUUUCGAACGGAUAUGAUCUGGACUGGGCGAUGAAAGAUCCGAACCGGCCGAAAAUCAUGUCUUUGAAGCUCCGGUCGGUGAUCAAAGACCUGAUCUCGCUUCCGAUGCCGACGAUCGCCGCGGUCAACGGUCACGCAUCGGCUUCCGGUUUUAUACUCGCGCUGAGUCAUGACUACGUAUUUAUGCGAAAAGAUAGGGGAUUUAUGUACAUGAGCGAGUUGGAUAUAGGAAUGAAAGUGCCGGUUUGGUUCGCGAGGGUGUUGAGGUGUAAGAUAGCAUCGCCGGCGGUGUGGAGAGACGUGGUGCUGCGAGCGGCGAAAAUGACGGCGGAGAUGGCGGCGGGGAAGGGAGUGAUAGAGGCGGCGUGUGAGAGUGCGGAGAGGACGGUGGAGAUGGCGGUGGAAGUGGGAGAGGAGUUGGUUAAGCGGAGGUGGAAGGGACACGUGUACGCCGAUAAUAGGCUGACGCUUUUCGGUGACGUGUUGAGUGUGAUGGAGUUCGAUGAGACGGUUGAGGAAGUGGAUGUGAGUCACCUGAGUAAGAAUGUAGCGAGGCUUUGAGCAAACAAGCUUUGAUGUUGUGUUUUUUAUCAAAAUAAUUGUGGUUUCUGUGUUUUUAUUAAAUUUGAAUUUUGUUCA